CUUUCCCCAAAGACACUCGCUCACGAGGCCUCGCCGCCUUUUGCCGACAACGCAGCCUUAGCAGAGCCACGCACGCUAGAUCCGAAUCCGCAACGAAUCCGACCUCUCACGAGCGUACGCGCAAAUACACGCACGUACACACAAAAACACCAUGUGGCGGGAGCUCGUCAUUGCAGGUCUGCUGGCGGUGGCUGCAUGCGCCGCAGCCAAGGACGAAGAGGAGCCCGAGGCACUGAGCAAAAGGUCGCCAAUAUCGGCCAGUGGCGUUUACGGGGCGGCGACCCCGAGGGGCCAGUUCAUCGUGCGCCACGUCGACGACGCGCAGGAGCUCUCUUCCGAGUACCUUGGUAUUCUCCAGCAAUACCUCAAGGCUCAACAGCAGCACCAGCAACAACAGCAGCAACACCAGCAGCACGUGCCAGCACGCGCGCAACUCGGCGCAUUCAUCGAGCAAGAACCCCUGUCGCAUAAGCAUCUCCAGGAGAUACCGCUCGAGGUCGAGCAGUAUCACGUGGAGACGUCGCCACGAAGGCCCGUGCAGCAACAGCAGCAUCAACAACAUCAGCCGCAACAGCAUCAGCAUCAGCUGUACUACCCAAUUGAGGAACAGGCGGCAGUCGCGCCUCAGGCCCAUCAUCAAUCCCCGGCUCAGGCCCAGGCUCACGCGCACAUACACCACUCGGCGACCCAGCCUCAAACCCCUGAGCCCCAGCAUCAGGCCCAGGCCCAGGUCCAGGCCCAACCCCAGCAAUUCCGCUAUCAUCAGUCGGUGCCGAUCCAGUAUGGCUACGAGGACGAGCAGCAAAUCCAACAGCAGCAGCAGAACCCCGAGGCGAUAGUUCGCGCCCAGGCCCAGGCCGAGGCUCAGGCCCUCGCUUUCCAAAAGAUCGCCCAGGCCUCCCAUUACAAGCAUCAAGACGCGGCUCUCGAGCAGAUACGCAUUACCAAUGAGAAGCACCGCCAGCAAAGCGCUCUCGAGCAGAUCAGACAGGGCGAGGCUGUUAGCGAGGCUGGACGACAGGAGCAGGUGCAGCCUAAGGACCCGGAGAGCGCCUACAAAGCACGACUAAAGGCUCAGGCGACGGCUCUCGUUGCCGAACAGCGACGUGCCCACGAAGCUGCCGAAUACAAGGCCCACGCGGACGCAAUACUGAAGCUCCAAGCCCAACAGCGAGCGCAUCUUCGCGCACAGGAGGAGGCCCACCAUUAUGCUCUCAACUACGAAAAGAACCAGCAGCGCGCCCAAGCCCAAGCCCAGGCCAUCGCCAAUGCCCAGGCUCUCGCCCUCUACAAGGCCCACCAGGCGGCCCGCGCCAAGGCCCAGACCGAGGCCAAGCAAGCAGCCCGGGCCCAGGCGGAGGCACGUCGAGUCGAUCCCAAUAGCGCCCCUGUCGUUCAAUAUCUGCUACCGAAUAAGGUGCCCCUACCCGCACCGGAGGUCUAUCUGCCGAAGGCUGCCGAGGCCCUCCGCGCGCAAGCCGCCCAAGAAAAGCGACUGAAAAAGCCCCAACACAUCAAGCACUUGCUGCUCGAAGAAGUGGAGCCGCAACUCCUGCAGCGCGGCCUCAAACCCGAGGAACAACAGCAGCAGCAGCAGCAACAGCAUCAGCAACAUCAACAACAACAACAACAACAGCAGCUCGCGUUUCUCAUUGAUGCGGGAUACUAUCGGAAGACCCACCAGCAAGGAUCAUCGCCAUCGCAGCCUCAGGCCCAGCAUCGUAGCCUCCUCAGGCAGAGCGACUAUCAAGGCCUGGAGGAGGUCGAGCCCUCGGCACACUACCAGCAGUACCAACAGCAGAUCGAGGCCGAUAAACUCGCGCUCCUCGUGCCCGUUGAGCAGCCGGGCGCCUGAGCUCGCGACCCUCGGGCCCCGUGACUGUACUUUUGUCUCCUUCCUAUUCUCCUGCAGAGAUGCCCGAUAUACAGUAUUUUAUAUAGACGUAUGCCGCGCGGGGGCGUCCCCCGGAUGGACGCGGGCGUCCCGUCUAAGCGCCUGCGAAUGCUAUUGUAAAAUUGUAAAAUGCGCGAGUCCGUUCUACGUAGCAUUGGUGUAUUGUUUUUCCCCGCAAGGGUGGCAUAUUCUAUGUCUACGUAUUAUCCAGAAGGUCGCGCGUCUCACGCUCGACUCACCCAAUGCUACCUAGACACUCCAAAUUGUUAUUGUCGAGUGAUAAUACAGGACAGCAGGGGCGAGAUCAAAAUUAAUUAGCUGUGAAAAUUGUACGAGCGCCAAUAUUUAAUGAAACACCCCUCUGUAAAUUGUCCGUACAUUCUCUCCAAGUAAUACGACUAAAUACAAUUGGAUCCACUGAUACAUUUAUUUAUAAUAGAUGUGCGUCUAUAUUGACUUUGGCCUUUCUCUCGCCUCGAUUAUUCCAAUGAUAAAAACACGAAAUUCAACACGCACGGCAAUACGCUCACUUAGUCACGAUAUAAUUUUUUACCACUCUCUAUCACUUUUUACACGUAUAUUUAUGUAAAAGCGCCUGAAUUUUAUAAUUUGUAAAUAUUAGAUUCAUAAUUGAACUUUCUUUAUUAACCCGAAUAAAGGCAAAAAAAAAAAUGAAUAAUAAAUGAAAACAGCAACGGACAACGUCAACAACAACAACAGCAAACAGCAUUACAAUGGCACAGUGUGCAUCAGUACAUCGAGAUCGUCCUUUUGUACGAGUCAAGGGCUCGCGAAUUUCGAUGCAGCCUUAUCGUCUGCGUCGAACGGCCCGUCUCGUGUAUGUACAUACUAGAAAGUUUAAAUAAAUGUAUAAAUGCAUUUUUCCAAA